AUGGCCCAGUCACGCGCACGCACCAAAGUAAUCAUCGUCGGUGGAGGUGGCACAAUGGGAUCAUCGACAGCCCUACACCUCCUCCGCUCAGGAUAUACUGCCUCAAACAUUACCGUGCUCGACGUAUACCCCAUUCCAUCAGCUCAAUCUGCAGGAAAUGAUCUCAAUAAGAUCAUGGGCAUUCGUCUGCGCAAUGCGCCCGAUAUACAACUCUCGCUGGAAGCUCUUGAUAUGUGGACGAAUGACCCGCUGUUUAAGUCAUUUUUCCAUCACGUUGGCAUGAUUGAUUGUUCGUCAUCGGAAGAGGGUAUCAAAGGUCUUGAACGGAAAUAUCAAGCUCUGGUCGAUGCGGGUAUUGGACUUGAGAAGACGAACUUUUGGUUAGACAGCGAGGAGAUUCGGGCUAGAGUACCUCAUUUUUCGCAGGAACAAACCGAGGGAUGGAGAGGCUUGUUCUGUGGCGAGGGAGGCUGGCUUGCGGCUGCGAAAGCUAUCAAUGCAAUAGGAAAGUUCUUGGCAAAUCAAGGCGUCAAUUUUGGGUUUGGAGGAGCUGGAACAUUCAAGCGACCUCUAUUCACCGAUGAAACAAUCUGCAUCGGCGUAGAGACGAUAGAUGGAACCAAGUAUCAUGCUGACAAGGUGGUUCUAGCUGCAGGGGCUUGGAGUCCCACACUAGUCGAUCUUGAGGAUCAAUGUGUUUCAAAAAGCUGGGUCUACGCUCACGUUCAACUCACGCCAGAAGAGGUGUCAAAAUACAAGAAUACCCCUGUCAUAUACGAUGGUGAAUACGGCUUCUUUUUUGAGCCAAACGAAAACGGCAUAAUAAAAGUCUGCGACGAAUUUCCUGGCUUCUCCCGCUUCAAGCAACAUCAACCAUAUGGUGCUUCCGCUCCGAAACCUAUCUCUGUUCCUCGAUCACAUGCUAAACAUCCGACUGAUACGUAUCCCGAUGUCUCGGAGAUAACUAUCAGGAAAGUGAUCGCGAGAUUUCUGCCACAGUUCAAGAAUAAAGAGCUUUUUGAUCGAGCUAUGUGCUGGUGUACUGAUACUGCGGAUGCCAAUCUGUUAAUUUGUGAGCAUCCGCGAUGGAAGAAUUUUAUUCUGGCUACUGGGGAUAGUGGACAUAGCUUUAAGCUUCUGCCGAAUAUUGGUCGACAUGUUGUUGAGCUGAUUGAAGGGUCUUUGUCGGAUGAGCUGGCUUAUGAGUGGCGAUGGAGACCUGGUGGUGAUGCGUUGAAGUCUAUACGGGGUGCGCCGGCCAAGGAUCUCGCCGAUAUGCCGGGGUGGAAGCAUGAUUCGAAGUUAUGA